GCCCAUUUGUAGAAGGCCAAUCGGCCCAUUCGGUCGGACUUGAGUGCAUGGGCUAAAAAAUGGGACGCUUGUUUCCUAUGGACUUUUAGAAGACAUGGAGUUGAUGUCUCUGUAAUGGUCGCCGUUCUCGCCGCCGGCGAUUUAACCCUAAUUAGACGCCGCCGCCGCCGCCGCACCAACUCGGGGGUUUUGAUCGAAGUGGACGGAAAUGUUCCUUCUACCCCGCCCCAUUCAAGCAGCCAUCUCAACUGUCCCCGCCAUUCGCCGCCAUAUUUUCCCCGUGUUCUUCUCAACUGCCAACAUGAACUGCGGCAGCGACGAAGUUGUUCAUGGUGUAAGCGCUGCAAACAAUUCUGCUCUAGGAACUAAGACUAGCAAUUCGAAAGUGGAGGCCGAGCAAACUCUCAACUCUGUUUCAAUACCCAAGCGGGGAUAUUCUAGUAGUAACAGAAGAAGACUUAAGGUGGAUCUCAGAUUGAACUCUCGUAUGGAAGAUUCCGCAGCUGGGAGCGAGGACUGUGGAUCUUCUUCUCUGCCAACCCAAUUCGGGAAGAAGAAGAAGAAGAAGCGCUUGCCGGCGCCUGCACGCGUUAAAAGGUCCAAGUCUAGUGAAAGGUUUCCCAAAUCACUAGUGAACGCCAACGACUGCCUGCUUGAUUUAGAACCAUUUGAUAUCUGCCAGCUUGAGGAAACCAGGAGCGACUCACUACAGUGCCCUGAUAAUGUCGAGCGACUAACUGAAACACCGAGUACAGAGCUGUUGAGGCCUGGAAUGGUUCUGCUUAAGCAUUACAUCACACACGAUUCCCAGGUGGAGAUAGUGAAGACUUGCAGAGAAUUGGGUCUGGGGAGGGGAGGAUUCUACAGGCCUGGAUUCCAAGAUGGUGCCAAACUUCGGCUCUACAUGAUGUGUCUUGGCCUGAAUUGGGAUCCUGAGACCAGAGGAUACAAUAAGAGAAGGCCAAUCGACAACGUUGAAGCGCUUCACAUUCCAGAUGUAUUUAAGGUGCUGGUAGGGAAAGCGAUUGAAGAUGCUCACGAAGUUAUAAGAACGGAUGGCAAUCAAAGCAAUGUGGAAGACUUACUUCCUGGAAUGACUCCAGACAUAUGCAUUGUGAAUUUCUACGCUGCGAAUGGCCGACUCGGACUUCAUCAGGAUCGAGAUGAAAGUAGGGAGAGCAUCGACCGAGGACUUCCAGUAGUCUCAAUCUCUAUCGGAGAUUCUGCAGAAUUCCUUUAUGGAGAUACGAGGAACGUGAACGAGGCAAAGAGAGUAAUGUUGGAAUCUGGAGAUGUGUUAAUAUUUGGUGGCAAGUCCAGACAUGUCUUUCAUGGUGUGGCAUCGAUCAUCCCAGACUCUGCUCCCACCACACUUGUGAAGGAAACUGGGCUGCGCCAAGGCCGCCUCAAUCUCACUUUCAGACAAUACUGAGCACAACUCCUUUAAGGUAUUUUUUUUAACUUGCUUCCUCUUAACUAGACUCUAGCAAGUAUGGACCAUAGGAAGAGUAUAAACCCGAUGACAGUUCAUCAGCUUUGUAGAUAAGGAUUGAAUUAGUUGAUGCUUUAGAUUUCUGGUGAUGCUGUUUGAUCCCUUGUCGAUGCUUUGAUCGCUGGCUGGUUUAGUCUUUGGUGUUAUCGUAUUACAACCUAUGAUCCAGAUCAUAUUGACCAAGUGAUUAGUGUACUGCCAAACUCUUUUGAUACUGAGGAGUACUGCCUAACUCUCAGAUAAUAAAAAAACUAAAAGUGGAGGCAGGGAAGUUCUGUUUUAAACAUAGGGAAUAAAGAACUCAAUAGGAAGGGUUGCCACUUGACAUGAUAAAAUACAAACUCUAAUGAUCCAAUGGCGUUGGCCUGUUAAACAGAUCAUGUAGCACACUAUCCCAGCAGAUUUACAGAUGGCUGCCUUGUCAGGAACGAAGAUAAGGUAUAACAAAAUGGUAACAGAGAGAACAGAAAAUAACAAAAGGAGAAGAUAAGAUAUAGAAUUGCAUGGUAUGGUUGGUCAUGGUAUUGGUGGGACACGUAAGAAGAGCACAUUAUAUGUGCUCUAUUAUUAGUUUAUCAACACUAAGCUAUGGUUGGUCUGGUCUGGUCUGGUACUGGUAGGUUGGCUGGGAAGCCAUUGUCAACAGAAAGAAGAACCGGGAAGCAAGCCAAAGCUGAAAGCUCCUUGUAGCUUUGUCUGUACUCUCUGUUAGCUUGGUUUUUUUUUCUGAGAUGCUUUGAUGACUUGGAAAGACGAUGGAGCCUCUCAGAUGGCAUUUCCUAAGCUGGUUAAAAAUCUUUAAUGGAAGAGCCUCGUCACUGAAAGCUAUGGCACCCAUCAUUGCAUGAGCAACUAAGGCAUCCAUCAUCGUCACACUCACGCGCUCUGAUUGGCCUCAUAACUCUUACUGGAACUGUGAAUCUGACGCCACUGCCAUAAGCCAGACGCAUAAAACUCCCAUCUGUGGGAAAAAUUUUAUUAGUAGUAGUUGAGGCAUACGCCAUCUGUUCUGUUUCAUAGAAUAUUUGUGGUUGAAGAUGAUAGAAUAAGCAUCAUCGGCUUUGGUUAUAGAAAGUUGCUUCUAAAUCAGCCAGUUUGCUGACAAUGUCAGCAUGCGGGUAUCAUAUCAGUGAAUUUCGAUGUUUUUGUAUCUAGC